AUGUUACAGGACAAUACGUUCAAAUUGAACGAACAAGCGAGUCUUAGUCGGCUGCCGCCAACCGAACCAUCAGUCUUUUUUGGUGAUCCUUUAAAAUAUCCUGCGUGGAAAUCAUCGUUUCAAAAUUUUAUUGAACAACGAAAAAUUCCGACGUUUGAGCUUAUACAUUACUUGCGAAAGUAUGUCGGAGAUUCAGUGCGAGAGGUAAUUGAAAACUUUCUAAUAUUGUCUACUGAAGACGCUUACGAUGAUGUAAAGGAACUCCUAGAGAAGAGAUUCAGUGAUCCGUUUAUUAUCAGCAAUGCAUUCCGUGAUAGACUCGAUAAUUGGCCGAAAGUACCGUCUAGAGAAAAUAUUGCACUAAGAAAAUUUUCCGACUUUCUAAAACAGUGCUUGUCUGCGAUGAAAACGAUGGGAACAUUGAACGCGUUAAACGACAAUAGAGAAAAUCGAAAACUUUUGUCGAAACUACCAGAUUGGGUUGUAACUCGAUGGUCCAGAAUCGUUGCGAAACACAAAGACGAUAAGCGUGAAUUUCCUUCAUUUCAAAUGUUUGUAGAUUUUGUAGAAAAAGAAGCAAUCAAAGCAAAUGACCCGGUAACGUCGAUACAGUCGGUCAGAUCAGAGACUACAAAUAGUAGUAGUGACAAGUUUAAGACAAAUCGAUUUCAGCACGGUAAAUAUGAUAAUCAGCGUAGAAAUGUUCUUGUGACAGAAACUUCGCGAGUGCCUGAUAAAAACAAUAACAGUUACAACAAGGAUCUAACAUGUACAUUGUGUAAGAAAACUGGUCAUUUCAUCGAUUCAUGUUAUCAGUUUCUUAAGAAGUCAGUGAACGAGCAAAAUAACUUUGUGAAAGAAAAUGGACUUUGUUUUGGUUGUCUUGGAUAUGAACAUACUUCGAAGAAAUGUCAAAAACGUAAAAAGUGUGAGGUAUGUUCAAGGUUUCAUCCAACAUCUUUACAUGGUGACUUUCAAAAACCAAUCAUUUCUGUCAACAAGGAUAAACCGUUAGAAACUGGCACCGUGGAAAAUUAUAAGUCACAGACCGGAUCCGUUUUCAUGAACAAUACAAAAGCAAGUUGCAAAAGUGCUAUGAUUGUGCCUGUUUAUGUGUCGCAUUCAGACGAUCCCGAGAAUGAAAGACUUGUUUAUGCUUUACUAGACACACAGUCCGACACUACUUUUGUUUUAGACGAAACACGUUUUGACAGUCGUAAAAUAAAAGGUAUAGUGGUAAGGGGAUUUGACAGUGAAGUUAGAAUACCGCUGCCACAGGUAUUUACACGUGACAUCAUGCCAGCAAACCGAUCUCAUAUUCCUACAGCUGAAAUGGCAUGUCGAUGUUUAUAUUUAGAACACAUUGCAGAAAAGUUGAUGCCCGUCCAAGAUUGUGAGUUUGGGCUUUUGAUUGGUUACAAUUGCCCUCGUGCACUUAUUCCACGUGAGGUCUUACCUUCAAUUGAUAAUGGACCGUAUGGACAGAAAACUGAUUUAGGAUGGGGAAUCGUUGGUAUAGUUGAUCCCUUGCAAGAAGACAACUGUGACUCAAUAGGAUUCAGUCACCGUACUCUUGCUCUUGAGGUUUCGAAUGAGUUAUCAAUUAAAGGGAAUAAAAGCGGAGAUUCAGAACAUGUUUACUUUUCGUUUGGUUCGAGCGUUAAGGAAAUAAUUCCAAUGCCCGCAUGA